AUUACCAAAACUAAACAUUAAUCUCUCUCUCUCUCUCUCUCUCUAAAUUCCACAUUCUCUCUUUCUCUCAUUGUCUUCUCCAAACAACAACAGCAACAUCAUCAUCAAUUCAUCAUCAUCAUUCAAAAAAUUCUCUUUUUUUUCUCUGAGGUGAUCAAGAGAAGGAGAGUUUGCUUAUCCAUAUUGUAGAUCGUCUUAACAGAAGAGGGAGGGUACUGGUUUGCGGAGGCAUUUGGACUUCUGCGAGCUUAGAAUCCUCUCUCCUUUGUGUAUUUAUUUGUGAAUUCAUAGCUGUUGCUGUUGGAGGCUCCUUUCCUCAAGGGGUGCGUGUAGCAGCAUCAGUGUUUGGUGACCUUGUUUCAAUUGAUAAUUUGGAGGAAAUUUCAAGUUAAAAGAGAGAAAAAGAUAUUGACUAUUGAGACUGGAAUAAUGGGUUCUGUUUGUUGUUGUUUGAGUGUUAAUGAUUUUGAAGAUUAUAUGAAUCCAAAUAGUCCUGUAUAUAGGAACUGUGGGUGCCUCAGUUCCGUCUUACAGAACUUUUUGAAUGCGUAUGCAUCAAUAUUCCGUAGAGGGGAAAUGCAGGCAAUUCCUUCAUCUAUACAGGGGGCAGCAUCUAUGACUACCACAGCAUCACUUGAUAAUUCUCUAUCUGACAUGUACCGCUCUCCUCCAAGGCCAAUGCCUUAUGAUGCAGACCCAAGGCAUUUCCGCUCUCAGCAUGAUAGACUAGUUUCACGACGUGAGAAGGGUUCAAGUCAUGUGAAUGAUGAGGCAGAACCUCUAAGAAGUGAUCUAGAUGAGGAUGACCAACAAUCUUUAACUUCAAGCAACAAGUGGCAUGAACGUGCCAGUGAAGAUGGAUCCAAAGAAUACCAUUCUAAGUCUUUAAUAAGGCUUUCAUCAGCAAAACCUACCAGUGGAGUUGGACUUGUCUAUUCGUCCUCAGAAGAGGAGGAUUGCUGUCCAACUUGUCUUGAAGAAUAUACUGAAGAGAAUCCGAAGAUAGUGACAAAAUGCUCUCAUCAUUUUCAUCUUGGUUGCAUUUAUGAGUGGAUGGAGAGAAGUGACACCUGUCCAGUUUGUGGAAAGGUGAUGGUAUUUGAUGAAACGACGUAAUCUUGAGUUAAAAGUUUUGUGUCGUAGAUGAAGCCAGCAACAAAGGAAAGCAAAGAUACAAAUACAAAUUAUAGACAUUGUGAAUACUUCAGAUUAAGCCUUGUCAUGUACAUAAGUAUAUAUACGAGUUUGCUUAACCAUUAUUGAGUUCAAUAUCAUCCAUGUUUCUAUUGCCAAAACUUAUUAUGAGGAAAAAGGAUAAGGCAAUUUUAGAUGGAAAC